AUGCUUCCCCUCGGGAGCGUCCUGCAGUCAUUGGUGUUUCACAAAGCUUUGAAUCAGCACGAGGCUGCCGCGCCUGCUGUCAAGACCGAGGAUGACGAUGAGUCAAAGUAUGACAAUGAUCCUAAAUCAAAGCCUAAGGACAAGGAGAAGAAGACGGAUGAUAUACGCCAAUCCGUCAUCAAUCACAUGAAAUUGGACAGUGGUCGUGUGACGAUGUUCUGCAAUUUCAAUUAUUACUUCCCAUUGGCUCUAGUGAAGCUCAUUCUUGCAGGCGGGUUUCUGAUGAAGCUGCUUGGCUGGAAAGCCGUUGUUGCGGGAUUGCUUUCAGCAGCAUUGGUGAUUCCUGUUUCUCACUGGAUGUCCAAGAAAUACGCGAAAAUCCAGUUUGGUCUCAUGAAAUAUCGUGAUGGGAAGGCCCAUCUCCUUACAGAAGCACUGCAAGGCAUGCGCCAGAUCAAGUAUUCGGCGCUUGAGCAGUACUGGGAGGACAAGAUUCUUAAGAGCCGAAACGAGGAGCUUGGCCAGUACUGGAAAGUCUCUCUGAUGAUGUGUCUUGUCAUCCUCGUCAUCAAUAUGGGACCGCUCUUGCUCGCUUGUGUCGCUCUGUCCAUCUACGCAUUUGAACAAGGCCCGAACAUCAGGGCAUCCGUCAUUUUUGCCUCACUAGGACUUUUCGACCAGCUGGAUGAGGCUGUUGCUCUUCUGCCCAUGUUGCAAGUCUAUCUCAUGGAAGCGUGGACGAGUUGCGUGCGUCUCGAGAAUUAUUUCAAUCAGCCUGAUAAGGCGCCUGUCGCGAUUGAAGGCGAAGCCAUCACAUUUGAGGAAGCUACGGUAGCCUGGCCAAAGGCUGAGGAGAAGGAAGGAGAAGGCGAACCCCAAGAAGAGCGUUCUAUGUUGCGAGACAUCACACUUGAAUUCCCUGCAGGCGAGCUGAGUGUCAUAACCGGCAAAACGGGGUCUGGCAAGAGUCUUCUCCUAGCCGCCAUCCUAGGAGAAGUCAAACUCUUGUCAGGGACAGUCAAAGUUCCUACACCACCACCUGAGAAGGACGACGAGAUUGACUUCAUUGCUGAUGCAGAGUGGAUCAUCCCAUCAUUGACAUCUUUCGUGUCGCAGACUCCCUGGAUUGAAACUGGGACAGUCAAAGAGAAUAUCACCUUUGGUCUGCCUUUGAGUGAGGUGCGAUAUCGGAAAGUGCUCAAGGCCUGCUCUUUGGAGAAAGACAUUGAAUUGCUAGUAGAUGGCGAUAAGACAGAGGUCGGCCCUAAGGGUGUAACUCUGAGUGGUGGACAGCGAUGGCGAGUUGCCCUUGCGCGUGCACUCUACUCCCGAGCUGGCGUUUUGAUCCUGGAUGACGUUCUGAGCGCUGUCGAUGCCCAUGUUGGCAGGAUCAUCGUCGAUGAAGCCUUGACUGGAGAAUUGGCCCGAGGACGAACUAGGAUACUUGCAACCCACCACGCCGAGAUGGUUCUCCCGAGGUCGUCUUAUCUUGUCCGACUUCACGAUGGCAAAGUCGAAAACGCUGAAGCGAUUACUCAGUCUGACGAUACUCGGACAAUAUCCAGCGACACCGCUGAGUCGGCUAACCAGGAAUUGAGCGAGACGAGCACAGCAGUCGAUGCGCAAGAAAGCCAUACAAGCGAUGAUACAUUAGGUGCUACCGACAGUCCGAGUAAGGGCAAAAAGACUGACGAUGAUGAAAAGCGUGAAACUGGCCGUGUCAAGUGGAGGAUAUACAAGAUUUACCUUCAGGCUAGCAAUGCACCUUUCCUCUGGACAUUCGCCGCGCUUUGCAUCAUCGCAUCUGGAUUCGCGACUGUUGGUCGUACAUGGACCUUAAAAGAGCUCUCGGAGGACCACUCAACCGAAUCGAUCAAUAUGUCUACAUAUACUGGUUUUGACGAUACACGAUUGUUCUUGCAGAACCCACAUGCCGCCACUAUACAUGUGGAUCGUCCUUCCCAUCACUCUAUUGCAUUCUGGAUAGGACUGUCGGUCUUAUUCUAUAUUCUCGUUAUUUUGAUGGUUGUGGGGCGGGCCUUCUUCAUGAUCAUCAUUGGUUUACGGGCAUCCAAGGUCCUCUUUGAGAGGAUGACACAUGCAGUUCUGCGGGCUCCUCUUCGUUGGGUCGAUACCAUUCCUUCCGGGCGAAUACUCAACAGAUUUACGUCUGAUACCUUUAUGGUUGACCGGCGUUUGUCUGGCGAACUGGGCAACUUCCUUCAGACCGUCUUCAGUUUGGUUGUUGUCAUUGCAGCAAGUCUGUCGGUAUCUAUGUACGUUCUUAUUGCUGGAGUUCUGCUCUUCCUCUUCUAUGGGCAAAUCGCAAGUCAGUACAUCACUGUCGCUCGGGAGGUUAAGAGACUCAACUCCAUUUCCCAUUCGCCAAUCUAUGAUCAGUUCAGUUCAGUUUUGUCAGGCCUUUCCACGAUUCGUGCUUUUCGCCGGUCGAACUUCUAUAUGGGCCGCAUGUUCACGUUGAUCGAUAACAGCAACAAAGCCAGUUGGGCGCUCAACUUAUCGGGACGGUGGAUGAACUUUAGAAUGGGCAUGCUCGGAACGGUCUUUGUAACAGUGGUUGCUAUCGCCGUCUCGGUUGGAGGCGUCGAUGCUGCGCUCGCGGGCUUUAGUCUUACGUUUGCACUUCGAUACACAGGGCGACUAACAUCCCUUCUACAAGCAAUGACCUCGAUUGAACUGGGCUUCAAUGCUGCAGAGCGUGUUGUUGAGUACGCAGAAAUCGAGACAGAGCCGGAGGAUGGGAAGGACGCUCCGGCCGCUUGGCCGACAGAUGGACGCAUUGAAGUUGAGAAUUUGACCGUGUCAUACAAAGACAGUCUGCCUCCUGUCUUGAAAAAUCUCAACUUCGAGGUCAAAGCCGGCGAGAGAAUCGGGAUCGUUGGCCGAACGGGCGCAGGCAAGUCCACGUUGGCUUCUGUCUUUUUCCGCCUCCUGAGUCCUAAGGAAGGAUCUAUUCGCAUUGACAAUAUCGACAUCGCAACUCUCAAAUUGAAGGACUUGCGUAGCAGACUAGCUAUCAUCCCUCAGGAUCCCUUUUUAUUUUCUGGCACCUUGCGGUCAAAUCUCGACAUUGAGGGGCUGAAGGACGAUUAUGAUUUGCAAACAAUUCUGCAGCGGGUUCAUCUCGUUGAACCUCAAGGAGCAGACCCGGAGCGUCCCUCCCAAUAUACGCCUUCCAAUGCCGUUCAGGAAACGCUUAUUUCUACGACUGAAGUCGACCCAGCGGCAUCCGCCGAUAACGCAAAUCCUGUCCCUGAUCUCGAGAAUCUGAAUACCGCUCCAGCUGCCACAACAACCACCGAGCAGGAGGUCAACAACGAGACGGAUAGCCGAGACAUUUUCAAAGAUCUAUCGAUGUCGAUCAGUACCGGUGGUGCAAAUUUGUCUCAGGGCCAAAGACAGCUCGUCUGCCUUGCCCGUUCCUUGCUCGGUCGACCAAAGAUCGUAGUCCUUGAUGAAGCCACAAGCGCCGUCGAUCGGGCAACCGAUGCUGCCAUCCAGGAGUCCCUCCGCGCUGAAUUUGCAGCGGCUGGGUGCACCGUGCUUGUCAUUGCCCAUCGACUAUCCACCGUUGCGGAUUUCGACAAGAUCCUGGUCCUCAAGGCUGGCCGUGUUGCAGAGAUGGGAACGCCCGAGGAACUCCUGCGUGCUGGUAUGGAGAAAGAGAAGGCAGCUGGGAGUCGUGCUGCAACUGAGGAGGAAGGCGCGGCGCAGGCAGCUGAUGAGGAGGAGGAAGACGAGGACGGCAAAGGGGCGUUCUGGGAGUUGGUGCAGAAGAGUGCGGAGAAGGAUAAGCUGGUCGAAAUGAUCUUGGGCAACCAGGAGGCGGCUUCUUAA